UCAACAAUUAGUAAUUAACGCGCAGGGGAACUGGAAAUUCGUACCGCGGAGAAGAGCAGAUAAACUUCAGGCGACGACGACGAAGAAGAAGGCAAGUCUACCGUUGGAUAACGUACACGUGGCGGCAAGACAGUCGUCCCAGGCAAAAUGACAAGCCCUAUAAUAAUGUUGCAACUUUUUGACCCACUACGCUCGGCCCAGUCGGUCCCUCCUUCAGACAGCGACUGGCAGCGUCUUCUUCCGGCACUAGUCGGAGUAUCUUCGGCAUUACAGUAAACCAUGUACUUUUACAUAAUUAGCCUCACGAGUUGGGGCAUUUUCGUCAUCUUCUCUAGUAAAUCCCCCACCCACUAGGACUCAAGUCUUCCUGUUUUCCAGUAAACCUACCUUCCAAAUCAGUUUUCAGCAUCACUGAACUCUUAAGACCAUGAGUAGAAGGGCAAAAUGGAGCUGGACCUCCGCCUUCGUCGGAGCGGCGUCGGCUCUGGCAGCGACCACCCUCCUCAACGCGAGGCCAAAGGACCCCACUUUCCAUCUGAUCUCAAUCAAACUCACCUCCUUCAACCUCAAACUCCCCGUCGUCGAAGCGGAGCUCAUUCUGACCGUACACGUGACCAACCCCAAUAUCGUCCCCAUCGAAUACUCCUCCACCAACAUGUCCAUCUUCUACGAAGGCUCCCUCCUCGGCUCCGCUGAGGUCAAGGCCGGCUCCCAGAACCCUCGUUCUUGCGAGGUGCUUCACCUCCCGGCUCGGCUCGACGGCCGCGAACUGGCUCAUCACGCCUCGCGGUUUUUUGCUGACGUGGCUAAGAGGGAGAUGGUGCUUGAAUCUAAGGUGGAUAUUAUGGGUAAGGCCAGGAUGUGGUGGUGGGACCACGGGUUUAAGGUCCACGUGGACAGUCAUCUGACUGUUGAUCCAGUGUUUCUUGAUGUGAUUGAUCAGGAAAAUAUUUCGCAAUUGGAGCUUUUACUUAAUUAAUUAAGACUUGUAUUCUGAUCAAUCGGUAGAAAUGUAGAUUUAUGAUUUAUCUCUCUAAUCUUCUAAUUCUAUGCCCCUCAAAAUUUCAUGAAAAAUGGAAGUGAGAGAUUGUUAA